ACUGAGAUGUUAUUGUGACCAGACUGAGAUGUUAUUGUGACCAGACUGAGAUGUUAUGACCAGUCUGAGGCCAUCACUGGUCAGUCUUCCAUUCUUGUCAUUUCCUAAUCAGGUGUUACCUGUUAUCUACCCUGCAUCUCACCUGUGUAUCCCCCCUCCUCCCUCCAAGGUUCCAUGGCUAUGGUUAUGAGAGACUGCAUCAUUCCCCGUACUCCACGGCAGCACUACUGUUCGUACGGCCAGAUCCCCCUGCCUCCCCCCUUCUGCUUCCUGUCUGAGACCUCCCCCCUCCCCUCCCCCACCGACACCACUUCCUAUGUGUUCCUAUGUGACUCAGGUCGUCGUCGCUUCUCCCUGGCCCAGUCAGACAGUCUUCUGACCAGGAUGCGUUCUGUAGCCAGUGAUGAGCUGAACCAGAUGAUGCAGAGAAGAAUGAGUCAGGAGAACCCCAUCAGAGCAUCAGAGACUGAGUUCAUACAGAGACUACAGAGACUGGUGGUGCUGGCUGUCAACAGGCUCAUCUAUCAUGACGUGAGCCAAGACUUCUACGACCUGCUGAACUUCCCAGACUCCCCGGACCACCACCUGACCCCUGACCCAGUCGACCACGCCCCCCGAGGAGGACGGCUCCAUCCCUGGCUCAUCAGGCCACACCCCUGGCCCGCCCUCUCCCCUCCCCUUCCCCCUUCCCCCGGCCAACAUGAAGAGUUUCCAGAAAGACAUCCUCAGACUGAUGAUGGACGGGAUCAAGAUCAGUCUGGGCAGUACGGGCCGUGGUGGGGCCCCCAGGCAGCAGUGGAGGAGGAUCCUGUGGUCAUGUCGGGACACCUUCAGGGUUCAGAUCGGACGUCUCUUGGUGCACACCCUCUCCCCUGCAUUACCCCUCAGGGACAGGAAGGAGGCUCUAGAGUUUGUGUUCGACCCUGCAAACCCUGACUUCCUCAAGGAGAGCCUCAGCCCCGGGUUAGAGCAUGGUCCCAAGCUAGCCAUGUAUCUGUAUGAGAUGCUCCAUGACCAUAAAGAUGCUCUGACCAAAGAGGAGCAGAGUACUCUGGGCA